CCAGCUGAUUGGCUCGGCUUCUGCGUCCGUCUUCUCGGGGGAGGAACAGUUUGAGGACUACGGAGAGGGGGAGGACGUGGACUACACUCCCAGCAGCCCUUGCCCCGACGAUGACGCUCGCACCAACGGCUUCUCGGACCUCGGCUCCUCCCUGCCCUCCAGUGCUGGUCAGACCCCUCUGAAGAUGUGUCACCUGUACAACAGUGAUGUGUUGGAUGUCUAUUGUUCUCAGUGCUAUAAGAAGGUUAACCUGCUCAACGACCUGGAGGCCAGGCUCAACAACCUCAGAGCCAACAGCCCCAACAGAAAGAUAUCCAGCACUGCCUUUGGACGUCAGUUGUUCCAACACAACCACAGUGCUUUCAGCAGCAGUCAGGGAAGCACAGAGGACCUGUUCAGAGACUCCAUCGACUCUUGUGAUGUGGACAUUACUGAGAAGGUGAGUUACCUGGAGAAGAAGGUGACAGAGCUGGAGAAUGACAGUCUGGUUAAUGGAGACCUCAAGUCUAAACUCAAACAGGGCAACACACAGCUAGUACACAGGGUUCAUGAGUUGGAGGAGCAGCUGAAGGAUCAGGAGAGCAGAGCAGAACAGACCCUGGAGGAAGAGACACAUAGACACAGAGAGACCUACUGCAAGAUGGAGAGAGACAAGAACACUGACAUAGAGCUGCUCAGUAACAGAGUUCAGCAGCUGGAGGAGGAGAAUGGAGAGAUGAAACUGAACGUGUGUAAACUGAAGUCUCAGACUGAGAAACUAGACCAGGAGAAGCAGCGUAUGACAGACCGGUUGGAGGACACCAGUCUGAGGCUGAAGGAUGAGAUGGACCUCUACAGGAAGAUGAUGGACAAGCUGUGGCAGAACAGACAUGAAUUCCAGAAGGAGAGAGAGGCCAUGCAAGAGUUGAUAGAGGACCUGCGUCGGGAGUUGGAACACCUGCAGCUGUUUAAGCUGGGUUCAGAGGCGGGGCAGGGGGCGGGGCUAUCAGAAUACAACGCCAAGACACGGGAAAUAGAGAUGGAGCAUGAGGUCAAGAGACUCAAACAGGAGAACUUUAAGCUGCGGGACCAGAACGAUGACCUGAACAGUCAGAUCCUCAGUCUGAGUCUGUAUGAAGCUAAGAACCUGUUUGCCUGCCACACCAAGGCCCAGUCACUGGCUGCUGAGAUAGACAACGCUUCUAGGGACGAGUUGGUGGAUGCUCUGAAGGAGCAGGAGUGUGUUAACCUCCGUCUGAGACAGUAUAUGGAUAAAAUCAUCCUGGCAAUUCUGGACCACAACCCCUCUAUCCUGGAGAUCAAGAGUUAAACACACAACCCCUCUAUCCUGGAGAUCAAGAGUAACAG